AUGCCAGGAAUCAGAAUAGCAAUUGACCGUGGGGGAACCUUUACCGAUUGUGUUGGUAAUCGGGGAGAUGGAAGCCCGGACGUUAUUAUCAAACUUUUAUCCGUGGAUCCUCAAAAUUAUCCCGAUGCAAACUUGGAAGGAAUUAGAAGAUUACUAGAGAUCUUCGGUGGAAAGAAGAUUCCUCGUGGGACAUCUUUGGAUACAUCAGAGAUAGAAUCAUUGAGACUGGGAACUACAGUUGCCACCAAUGCAUUGCUGGAAAGAAAAGGAGAACGUUGUGCAUUAGUGACAUCGAAAGGUUUCAAAGACAUUCUGCGAAUCGGAAAUCAAUCAAGACCACAGAUUUUUGAUCUGGCUGUCAAACGUCCUAGUGUGUUAUAUGACUCAGUUGUCGAAGUUGACGAGAGGGUCACUUUGGAAGACUACGUUGAGGACCCAGAUAAGAAAUAUACCAAACCUAAUGGAGUUGACUUAGUUGAAGGAUUGUCAAAAGAAACCGUCAGAAUCUUGAAAAGACCUGAUCCAGUGGAAGUGAAGUCUCAUCUUCAGAUUCUAUAUGAUACCGGAAUUCGUUCACUUGCAGUUUGUUUGAUGCAUUCUUACACGUUCCCAGAUCAUGAGCUAUUAGUUGGAAAGAUUGCUGAAGAAAUUGGAUUCACCCAUGUAUCUCUGUCUUGCGAGCUUUCUCCAAUGAUCAAACUUGUUCCCAGGGCAAAUUCAUCUGUUGCCGAUGCCUAUUUGACACCAGAGAUAAAAAGAUAUUUAAGUAGCUUCAGAUCAGGGCUCAAAAAUCCUGAUAGCUUGAACUGUCAGUUCAUGCAAUCCGACGGAGGUCUCGUCGAUGCCGGGUCAUUCUCUGGUCUUCGUGCAAUUCUAUCCGGACCAGCUGGAGGUGUUGUUGGAUACUCUGCAACGUGCUACAAUCCGAAGAAUAAUAUACCAUUAAUCGGAUUUGAUAUGGGCGGAACAUCGACGGAUGUCUCGCGUUUUGGUGACGGAAAAUUUGACCACGUGUUUGAGACAACAACUGGAGGUGUAAUCAUUCAGUCUCCUCAAUUGGAUAUCAACACUGUUGCUGCAGGUGGUGGUUCUAUCCUCAAGUUUAAGAAUGGAUUGAUGACCGUGGGUCCUGAAUCAGCAUCUUCACAUCCCGGCCCUGCUUGUUAUCGAAAGGGGGGCCCAUUGACUGUCACGGAUGCAAACCUUGUCUUAGGCAGACUGGUUCCAGAAUACUUUCCAAAAAUAUUUGGCCCUAACGAGAACGAAUCUUUGGAUUUGGAUGUGGCAACCAAGAAAUUUGUUGAUCUAACAAACGAGAUUAAUCGUGCUCAUCCGAAUCUCCCAGACAUGUCCAUGGAGGAGGUGGCAUACGGAUUCCUUAAAGUGGCUAAUGAGACAAUGGCCAGACCUGUCAGACAACUUACUGAAGCCAAAGGUCAUAUGACUUCACAACAUAGAUUAGUUUCCUUUGGUGGAGCAGGUGGCCAGUGUGCGUGUGAUGUUGCCGAAUUACUGGGAAUUGAAACUAUCCUUAUCCACAGAUAUUCCUCCGUUCUUUCAGCCUAUGGAAUGGCUUUGGCAAGCGUUGUCGAAGAAGCCCAAGAGCCAUCAUCGUACUUACUAAGUGAGGACACCAAGAGCUUAAUCAAUGGAAGACUAGUCUAUUUGAAGGAGUCAACCAAGAAAUCUUUGGAGUCUCAGGGUUUUGAGAACAUUGAGUUUGAAGAGUACCUUAACCUCAGAUACCAGGGUACCGAAUCGGGACUUAUGGUCCCCAAAGACGAAGGCUGGAACUUUAAGGAGAAAUUUAUUGCUCUACACAAAAGAGAGUUUGGAUUUGUCUUCGAGAAAGAGAUCAUCGUUGAUGACAUUAGAGUCAGAGCUAUUGGAAAGGGAAGUCAGGAAAAUCAAGAGUACGUUGAUGAUCAAAUUCAAGCCUUGAAAGACUCCAAAUUAACCAAGAGAGCAUCCACUGAGAAAGUGGAAUUUUUCAAACAAACGUUCUGGGGUCAAAAGACAACGGAUACUCCUGUCUACAGACUUGACAAUCUUUCCAUUGGCUCUGAGGUCUUGGGUCCUGCAAUUAUUGCAGAUGGGACUCAAACCAAUGUUGUUCCACCAAAUGCAACCGCUUUGGUUCUGAGAACUCAUUUGGUAAUCACAAGACACGACAAGAACUCUGUGAGCUUGAGUGAACCAAUCCUGUUAUCGAUUUUUGGACACAGAUUCAUGGAUAUUGCUGAACAAAUGGGAAUUUCACUUCAAAAGACAUCCGUUUCUGUCAAUGUGAAAGAGAGACUCGAUUUCUCUUGCGCAUUAUUUGAUCCAGAAGGCAAUUUGGUUGCUAAUGCUCCGCAUCUACCUGGUCACCUGGGAUCAAUGUCCACAUGUGUUAGCACACAAGCCAAGCUCUGGGAAGGAAAACUUAAACCUGGUGAUAUGAUCGUCACUAAUCACCCAUCCUCCGGGGGUACUCAUUUACCAGACAUUACAGUGAUUACUCCAGCAUGGAACAAAGAGAAAAUCAUUUUUUACGUUGCUUCGAGGGCUCAUCAUGCUGAUAUUGGUGGAAUACUUCCAGGAUCCAUGCCUCCAAACUCAACAUUUUUAUGGCAGGAAGGUGCUGCAAUCUAUUCUGAGCUGUUGGUUAAAGAUCAUGAGUUCCAAACCGAGAUGAUAACUGAUCAAUUAAUGAAAAUUCCAGCUUCUUACCCUGGUUGUUCGGGAAGUAGAAGAUUGUCUGACAAUAUUUCAGAUUUGAAAGCGCAAGUUGCAGCUAAUCAGAAAGGUAUCAAUUUGAUCAACAGAUUAGUUGAUGAGUUUGGACUUGAGAAGAUUUCUUACUUUAUGAAAGCAAUUCAAGAGAAUGCCGCCGUCACAGUCAGCAAAAUGCUCAAUAGGUUGAUGGACAACUAUAAUGAGGUGGAAUGUGAAGAUUACAUGGAUGACGGGUCGACUAUCAAAUUAAGAGUCUAUCGUGAAAAUGAGAAAGUUGUUUUUGACUUUGAUGGAACAUCAUCUCAAACUUAUAACAAUUUCAAUGCUCCAGUUGCAAUUACACACUCCGCAAUCAUAUAUUGUUUGAGAUGUUUGGUUAAAGAGGAAAUUCCUUUGAACCAAGGUUGCCUGAACUCUGUUAGUAUCAGAAUCCCACCAAAUUCACUUUUGUGUCCUGAUUUCACUACUGCUGUUGUGGGUGGAAACGUGUGCACAUCACAAAGAAUUACUGACACAAUUCUGAAGGCUUUUAAUGUUAUGGCCGAUAGCCAAGGGUGUUGCAACAAUUUCACAUUUGGAACUGGAGGAAACACCGAAGAGGGCUAUGUCCAAGGAUUUGGAUACUACGAGACAAUCGCAGGUGGACAUGGCGCCUCCGAUAGUUGGCAUGGAGAAUCGGGUGUUCAUACCAACAUGACGAACACCCGGAUCACUGAUCCGGAGAUUUUUGAGAGAAGGUAUCCAAUCAUACUCAGAGAAUUUUCGAUCAGGACUGGGUCUGGAGGAAAAGGAAAGUUCAACGGUGGUGAUGGUGUGAUCAGAGAUGUUGAGUUCAGAGUUCCCGUGACCGCUUCAAUGCUGUCUGAUAGAAGGGUUAUAGCACCUCGAGGGAUGGAAGGAGGCGAGAAUGGAGACAAAGGUCUUAAUCUAUGGAUUACAGAUGGUGGUAAAAAAACGCUCAAUAUUGGGCCAAGAGCAUCAGUUCAAGUCCAGGCAGGUGAUAGAAUUAGAAUCUUGACUCCGGGUGGUGGAGGCUGGGGAAAGCCCGAGAAGCAGCCAAAUGGAGUUCACAAAAAGUCUAGCGAGAAAUAUGGGUUCUCGGGUUUCAUUUCAGAAAGAAUGCGGACCCAACUCGAAAACUAG